GCAGUCGAGCUGCUACAUAGAUCCGGUCUCCGAUGAGCACCACCUAUCAUCUGAGGAGGAUCAUGGAAUAAAAACAUGGCCCACAAUCGAAGCUUUUUUCUCGAAGCUCUGGAUCGAUCAGAGACCAGAAGAGACGGAGGCUACAAGCACAACAACUGGAGCUUCUCUCUCUCUGGUGACGGUGAAGAAGAGAGCAACCAUGAUGUGAGCGUGGUGAGCAUGGAGGAGAUGGACCGGCAGCAGCCCAGCUCCCCCGAGGAGAAGUCUCCUGCUCUGAGACACUUCACUUCUUCUGAUCCGUUGAGAACUUAUGAAAACCGGCCAAAUAAUCACAUGAGGCCUCUGAACAAGCUGGCGCCCAAAAGACUCAGCGACGUCCCCCUCUCAGUAGCAUCGUCCCCCCCCAUCGUCCUGAACAGAACAAACUAUUUCAUCAUCAGUCCGGCGCCGGCGCCGUCGCCGGGAAUCGUCCUCCAGGGGCGACACUUUCAGCACGCUCAGAUGCCCUCUGCAGUCCGCAAACCGGUCCAAAGCAGCCUUGAUCUGAAGGAGAGAAAAGACUUCACCACCCAACAAGCAGUAGAAGUGGACAGCAUCGUCCUCACCUGUCCAGAGAUCUCAGAUCUUUCAGAAGAGGAGACGCUGAACGUGAAGCGUCGCAUCCAGCAGAAGAGGAAGCCGUUGGAGGACUGCUGUACUUUCCCCUCGCAGGUCAAAGCAGCAGAGCCUCUGCGGCCGACCGUCUACCACACGGUGUGCUUGAAGUGCAACAAGCCGAGCGAGGACGUCAGCAAGUGUCAGAUCUGUGGCACCGGGUCGGCUCUGCUGCCGCCGUGUCAGCCGGCCGCGCUGACGUCCCCGACCCCCCGGCCCCCCAUCCGGUCCCAGCCGUGCCCCGGACCCAACGGCCCGCAGCAGCAGAACUUCUACAAACCGGCGGCGACCAUGAGGGGGCCCCGCGGGGAGCCUCUGCCCGUACGGAUGAUAAGCACCAGGGGGACCCUGCUGCCUCUGAGCAACGGCAGGACGCCUCUGUUAGCCGGGACGUCCAGCUGCUACGGAGCCAGGAACCACCCGGCCCACAAAGGGAAGAGGGCGACGGCGGCACAGCGGCACGAGCUCAACGACCCCAUCGUCCUGUCCAGCGAUGACGAGGAGGAGGCGGACAACGCCAGCACAGGAAGUGUCAACAGGCUGGACAGCGUCUCCCCUCGACCCGCCGACUCCGCUCACUCCUCACCGGCGCCCUCUGGAGGCAGAGUGGAGGCGGCGGUGAAGAGCGCCGGAGAGCAGGAGGAGCCCAACACCGAGUUCUUCGAGGACGUCAACAUGAAGAUCACGAUACCGCGGAGAGCCCGGAUGAAGGAUCAGUUUGGGAAUCAACCCCCCGAGCAGUUGUCUCCGAGGCCAAAGAAACCCAAGUUCACGUCCAACAAGUGCGACAGCAUCAUUCUGGAGUGUCGGAGCGUGAGAGUGGGAACUCUCCGCAGGAUGGUGACGAAGCCCGUCGUCUUUUCCAUCGAGCAGAUCCAGCUGGAAACUGAAGGCUCGGAGCGAAACACCGUGGAGAACAUCUGCCUCCAGGCGUCGGAGCUGAUCAGCUGCGAGUGGUGCAGCGUCCGGAAGCUUCCGGUCUUGUUCUUCCAGACGACUCCGGCCGAGUGCGUCCGGCUUCGCACGCAGCUCGACAUGUCGGAGGAGAAGGGAGCUCACUGGUACGACUGUGCCGGGGACCAGUCGGACGAGAAGUUCAUCGUCCUGAUCUUCGAGAACGGCCUGGUGAUGAAGGAGCAGGCCAUCCUGGAGGACAUCCUGGGCGAGAUCGGCCGGACCAACAACCUCAGCAACUUCCCCGCAAAGCUGCCCUUUGAGGAGGCCAACAUCCGCCUGGUGAACUUCAACAAGGCCUUGAAACAGAAGGAGGAGAAGGAGAAGCCGACACAAAGUCCUCACAGAGUCUCACAGGGAUCCCCGGGUACUAAGGCGACGCAGGCCCCCCCGGCGAGCCCGGUCACCGUGCACGCACGCACACGGAUGGCGACCCGCCAACACACCGGAGGAUACUUUGAGGAAGAGGACGAGGACAUGACCGACCUCCAGCCCACCUUCUCCGGACCCAUCGUCAAGUUAAUGGUCUAUCCUCCUCCUCCGGCCAAAGGAGGCAUGUCGGUCACUAACGAAGACCUCCACUGCCUUAACGACGGAGAGUUCCUCAACGACGUCAUCAUAGACUUUUAUUUAAAAUAUUUAGUUCUGGAGAAGUUGAAAAAGGACGACGCACAAAGGAUCCACGUGUUCAGCUCGUUCUUCUACAAGAGACUGAACCAGAGAGAGCGGAGGAACGCGCCCGACACCACCAACCUGCCAAUCCAGAAAAGGAAACACAACCGGGUGAAGACGUGGACUCGUCACGUAGAUCUCUUCCAGAAGGACUUCAUCUUUGUUCCCAUCAAUGAGUCAGCUCACUGGUACCUCGCCGUCAUCUGCUUCCCGGGUCUCAGGGGUCCGGUCUACGAGCAGAACCCGCUCCACCACGGCACCCCCCCGUCAGAGGAGAAUCUCCCGGAGCACUGCCGUCCUCUGUCCCCGGACGGAGACGGGCUGGACGGCUCCCAGGAGGACCCGUCCCCCGGCGUCCCUGAGGCGUCCACGGACAGUCAGACCGAGGCAGAACCCUCCACGAGGGAGAACGCGGCCUUCACAGACGGAGGACCGGAGGCUUCCAGGACCACGACGGUGACUGGCAACAACCAGGCUGAGCCGGAGCAGCAAUACACAAGUGAGCUGCAGAGAAUCAGCGUUUGCUACAGUUCAACCAAAGGAGACGACGACGCCUUCUCCGACGACCAGAGCUCCUGUCAGGACGAGUGCAGUGAGGACGGGACGCUGGCUGAAGACACGCUCGGAUCGGACGCCUCCGCUCUGGCCGCCAAACUGAACCUCUGCAAACAGCCUUGUAUCCUCAUCAUGGAUUCCCUGCGAGGUCCGGCCAGGUCGACAGUGGUGAAAACCCUCAGAGAGUACCUGGAGGUGGAGUGGGAGGUGCGUAAAGAGAGCCAGAGGAGCUUCGGUAAAGACCAGAUGAAGGGUUCGAGUCCCCGAGUGCCUCAGCAGGACAACUUCAGCGACUGUGGAGUCUACGUCCUGCAGUACGUGGAGAGCUUCUUCGAGGUGAGACGAGCGACUCAGCACAGUUUAAUCACAUUUUACUUUCAUUACGACUUCAUUCUGCUCCUUGAGUUUCUGGUUUUUGUUUUCCGGUUCGGUUAACUUCUUUUGUAAUUAAGUUCUUAUUGUUCAUGUUUUUAUUUUAAAUAUAUUUGAGCCAAAGAAUAUUAUACAGACGGAAUGAUGCUCAACUAUGAAAUAAUAAUUAUGUCUCAGACAUAAAACUGAUGAUAUAUAAGAUGUAGGAUUGUUUUUGAGAUUGGUACAAACAAUAAGCAAAUUAAUAAGUAAAAAUAUAAACUGAGAAAGUAAAAUAAAUGUGUGUAUAGUAAAUAAAAGAGCCAUAAAAUGAAUCUAAUAAUUAGAACAUGACUCCGAUGUGAGAACAUUGGUUCCUCUCGUAUCUUCCUUUUCUUCAUUGACGUGUUUUUAAUGGAGCUCUAAAGAUCAGAGAAAGAACAUCUAUC